GAAGGAGCCUCGGCGGCCGAUCUAGAGCGCCAAGGCGCCGCGCAGCCGGGCCGUCUCUCCGCGGCCAGUAGGCUCAAAAACGUGGUCAACUACUUGUUCCCGUUCAAGCAGACAUAUGAGCGGCUCAACAACGGCAUCUCCACCGGGCGGCUCCAGCUGAACGCGCCGGGGCGGUUCGUGGGCCAAGGCACGGACGGUGUGUUCCGGAACCUCAUGGCCAAGCCGGACACGGAGGAAAACCGCAUGGAACAGGAGCAGCACCCGCCCACGUACGACGAGGCCGCGGCGGACUCGUCGCCCGAGUACUGGGAGGCCACCAUGAUCAGCCCGAUGUACGAGGACGAGGUGUUCGUGCACGGCCUCCCGGUGGGCAACAUAGCCAACUUCGUGUGGAACGUUCUCGUGUCGGUGGCGUUCCAGUUGGUGGGCUUUAUGUUGUGCUACUUGCUCCACACGUCGCACGCGUCAAAACAGGGGACCAGGGCGGGCCUUGGUAUCACCAUUCUCAUGUAUGGGUACAACGUGAUCCCGGCCAACUUCGGGCGCCCGGACAAGGUGCCCACGCGCUACGAGCCCUCUGACCCGAACCUGUUCGACAUAUCCAAGAGUCUGCCCAUCGCUACGGGCGGUGCGGUGGACAACUACCUGCUGGGGUUUGUCCAGCACCUGGAUACUAACGAGACCCAGAGUGGGGCCCAGACGCCUGUGUCGGCCUAUGGCAUCAUGGCGCUCGGGGCGCUCAUUCUUUUAAAGUCCUUGGUCGACUUCUACUUCAUCAAGAGGGAAGAGAAGCGGAUCUUGGCGCCGCGCGCUCUGGAGGAAGUCCACACGACCACA